AUGAACAAUACGGAUGUUGCUAUCUCAUCAUCCAGUAAAAUUACGGACGACGAAAGUGUUAAGUGUCUUUUUUUACGUGCGAGAAGUCCACGUGGUGAAGUUUUUGAUGAAAAUAAGUUUAACCAAAUUAUUUUAACUUCUGUAGAAGAAUUUAAAGAAAUAAGAAAAAACAGAGCAUCUACCGGAACUGUUAAUAUUUCAGAAUUAACAAGAAAUGAAGAGUUCGAUAUCUUGGUUGAUUUCGUAAGAGAAACCUUUAAGGUUUCGUGGAAUGGAAAAAAUUUGUCCGCCGUUAAAGAAUUAGAUAAUAUAACCAAAGAAUUAACGAUCCCUUCUAGGAGUGGAAAUAAGAUUGUUGAUUCUUUAUCGCAAACGCUCUAA